AUGAUGGCAUCACUGAAAGAGUCCCUGGCUGGCCCAGGAUAUGUGAUUCUGAAUGCCAUCCGUGUCUUGAACAUCAUUGUCUUCCUCGACAUGAUUGCGGCUCAUGUAGUUAUGUUGGUGAAGAUCGAUCUCUUGACCAGCUUCUUCUUCUUCCAGGCUAUCACACAUGCUGUGGCUAUCGGAGUCAGUUUGUUCCUCCUGGUCUCAGAACUCCCAUUCUUCCGCGCGUUCUUCGACCGCCACUGGCCAUCACUAGGCCAAGAUUCGGGAUUCCUCUCCCUGGCAUUCACAAUGCUGAUACUGGGGGUGGGAGCACUGGGCGACCUCAAUACCCCGGCAACAAGCCAAGAAUCCCUUGGGCUUACAUUUUGGAGAAUCAUCAUCUCUGCUGGAAUCUUGGCUUUGGUUGUCAGCGCGAUUAAUGUAGGAGCGAACUUUGCGUUUGCGGAUCGGGAUAUCGGGGUGAGUGCACGUCAUGUUCGUGUGUAUGGAGCAGUGGCGCCUCAGAAGGUGGCUUCACGAUCUUGCAGCCAGCGGUCAUUUCAGCUCAGCUCUAAACGGGACGAAAUUCUACCGACGUACAGUCCCUCGGGGCCUAUGCGACGAGCAUCUACAGCGACCAUGCCUCGGAUUCCUUUGAAGAUUUCUGGUCCGCUUAAUCCUGUCAAUCUUAACAAUGAUGCGGCUUCGUCGAAAUACUCUCGCGACUCAUCCGGGCUCGCGAUCCCAAACCUAGCGCAUCACCCAGCAAUGCAGUCGGGGCGUAUUUAA